AUUCAAUUUUAUUUUCUUGCCAUAUACGAUCUACUUUGAAAGUUCCUAUAUUGAGAUAAAGACCGAGGUGAAGAGUUGAAUAACCCGAUCUUUUAGAUAAGCUAAGGUAACUAAGGUCAUGGUCAGUGGUCCACGUCGAGCAGGCUAGCAAAGGCUUGGCCCACACAUUGCAGGGUUUGUGGUGGGUGCACUGCUUGGCCCCCCGCUCAUCACUCGCCGGUUGUUAGACAGGUGAGCUAAGAACAAAUGGACCACCCAAGUAAUUUCCUGAUGACUCAACCAACUAGAAAAGUCGCAGCCGCGGUUACCAAUUGACACGCCUUAGCAUAAAAGCCAAGUUAAGUUCCCACUAUGCCACUUCUUCUGCUGUUGGUGCAACACGCUAAACACACCCAUCCAAGACCAUUUCAAUUUUAAAACACAUUACAGUCGGAUUCGGCCAUUACCUUUUCAACCAUCUCCCAUGUUUCCACUAUACACACACAGUUCCACCUUAUCAUCGUAUGUGUGGGGGAAGUUAAAUAUUGAAGUAGCAACUUUCCUAGUAUUUUACCAAACGAACAUACGGAAAGUUCCUGUUGAUAUUACUGCAAGAAUAAACCAAGUCUUGAUUGUUGACUUAGAAACAGUCACCAGUUUGAAGACAACACCAAUAUUUCAUAUCCCAUUGGACAUUCCUGCAAAGCCCCCAUAAUUUAUUACUAUAACAUCCCAAUCCACACUCCACUCACCCAUUGGCCGACGACAUGCAAACAUAAAACUUUCUUCAACCUGCUCAUUCUCAGUCUCCACUUAUUAAGCACUUUCCUUCCACGCUUCCCUUCUAUUCCUUGUUCCUCCCAAUAUAAAAACCAUUCCUUUGUUCGCUCUAAACACUCACCCCAAGCCAACCCCAACUCCCCAUUGAAAAACCUCUCCUGAAUGGCUCUUGAAACGUUGAAUUCUCCAACUUCAGCACCUCCACUGCUCCACCAUGAUGAUACAGUUGACCACCACUGUGUUGAGCCGUGGACAAGGAGGAAAAGAACAAAAAGAUCCAGAACUGAAAACCCGCCAACGGAAGAAGAAUACUUAGCUCUUUGCCUUCUCAUGCUGGCUAAGGGAACCACCAGGAACAACCCCUCAGGCUCAGCUGCCGCCAAAAACUCCCUCAAUCAUAACUACAAGUGUGAAGUUUGUAACAAAUCGUUUCCAACUUAUCAAUCUUUAGGGGGACACAAGUCCAGUCACAGGAAAUUUGUUGGAGCUGAUGAAGACCCCACAACCACGGCUGCUGCUGAAGAUAAAUUCACCGCAUCCACGACGGCUACAAAUUCACAUCCCAUGAUCAGCAACCAAGGUGGCAAGACACACACGUGUUCCAUCUGUUACAAGACGUUUUCUUCAGGUCAAGCCUUGGGAGGACAUAAAAGAUGCCACUACGAAGCUGGCAGCAACAAUAAUAACAGCGGUAACGAUGGUGUUAAAUCCUGGAGCCAAAGUCAACGUGACUUCGACUUGAAUUUACCUGCUGGACCAGAUGAAACAAGUAUGGACGUUCUUAGACAAGAUAAAUUUUGCCGCAACGAUGAAGAGGCGAGAGUCCGUUUACCAACGCUUAAGCACGGAAGCUGCAAGGUUUAAUGAAUGUUUUGUAAAAGAACAGAUUUAGAAUAGGUGAAUGAUUGGAGUGGACUUUGUUGUUGUUUAUUUUAUUCUUUUUCUUUUUCAAUUUAAUUGGCAUGUUUUAACGUUAUUUAUUUAAUUACUUUUUUAGCUCUCUCUUGGUUUUGUUGAUGUACAUGAGGAUUAAGGUCAUUAUAAAAUAUUUGUAAGUUCGGUAUUGAAAAAUUUUAUAUGCUCAUGUCUUCUUAUUAAA